AAUCAUAUAUAAGACGCGUAGCUCGCCGAAUCCUUUGACAUUUCACAAAGGGGAGUCAUGACCAGUCUUUUUCAACUGCAAGAGAACUGCCUGCGGGCAAUGGGACACAGCUACAAUGUGGAAGACUCAGGGGACAGAGCCUUGAGUUUGAAGCACAUUAGCUCCUUGGUGUUCGUGAUUUCGGCGCAGUAUCCACUGAUCUCCUACGUUGUCCACAACCGCAAUGACAUGGAGAAGGUCACAGCCUGUCUGAGCGUAGUGCUCACCAACAUGCUAACGGUCAUAAAAAUCAGCACAUUUCUGGUGCACAAGCAGGACUUUUGGGAAAUGAUUUGGCGCUUCAGGAAAAUGCACCAGACAACUAGCCAAGGGCCUGAGAACAGGGAAGGAUCGGACUUCGUGGGCAAAGCCAACAAGCUGGCAUCCUCCCUGGGAAAGGCCUAUUGCCUGUCCUGCGGCCUCACAGGGCUCUACUUCAUGCUGGGACCCAUCGUGAAAAUUGUGGCUAGCAGCUGGCGGGGCACAAUCUACAUCAGGGAGCUGCCCAUGCCGAUGAAGUUCCCAUUCAACGACGUGAACAGUCCCGGAUACGAAGUUUGUUUUCUGUACACCGUCCUAGUCACAGUUGUCGUUGUCGCCUACGCAUCUGCCGUCGACGGUUUGUUCAUUUCGUUCGCCAUUAAUCUCAGAGCCCACUUUCAAACUUUGCAAGGAGAGAUCAUUGGCUCGCAGUUCGCUUUACUCGAAAAGGAGACUCAAGCGGCGUUGAAAUCAAUUGUGGACUAUCAUGUAUUACUGCUGUCCUUGUCCAGAAAACUGCGAUCGAUUUACACACCCACAGUAUUUGGCCAGUUCGUCAUAACGUCCUUGCAAGUGGGCGUGAUAAUAUAUCAGCUAGUGACGAACAUGGACUCCGUUAUGGAUCUCUUGUUGUACGCAUCGUUUUUCGGUUCCAUCAUGCUGCAAUUGUUUAUAUACUGCUAUGGCGGCGAAAUUAUAAAGGCUGAGAGUCUGCAGGUGGAUGUUGCGGUUCGGCUCUCAAAUUGGCAUCUAGCAUCCUCCAAACUGAGAAAAUCCUUGUCAUUAAUCAUUUUGCAAUCUCAAAAGGAAGUUCUUAUCAGGGCCGGCUUCUUUGUUGCCUCUCUGGCGAAUUUCGUUGGGAUAUGCCGUACUGCUUUAUCUUUGAUAACACUUAUCAAAUCUAUUGAGUAAUUGUCUUAAGAGCGAACUCCACUGAGACAGUCGGAAAUAAAAAAAAAAACACAAACAAAACUGUUUCUCAAUAGGUUUUAAAAGCCCAUUACCUAUAAAAUGUAUACUAAAAAAUGUGUAUAUAUAUUAAAACAAAUUAUUAUACCCUUGCAGAGGAUAUUGUAAUUUCAGUCUAAAGUUUGCAUAAAGUAUGUUUAUUCUUGAUCAGCAUCGCGAUCUGAAUGGAACUCGACGUGGACAUCGAUCCUUCUGUCUGUUUCUAUGUCAACUUGUCUCUCAGUUUCAAAGCAAUCUU